AUACUCCGUAAUUAGUUCCAAAAUUUGUUAUGGCUGUAUAUCAAUAAAUGUUUUUAUUGGUCCAGUACUUUGUCAAUUUGCCAAUGUUUUUUUUAAUUACAAAUGCAUGUUUCAUUGAUAACAUAGUUGCUGGGUUGAUUUGGGAAGUUGAGUGGCGAAGAAUUGUGGGCUAAUUUUCCAAUUGUGGAUUAGGGUUUUUAAUUCCCGUUGUUGUUGGUUAGCCUGGUUGAUUAGCUUAACGAUUUUCAACAAUUUCUAGUGUAGUUUUGUUUGAUUUUGAAGAAAAAUUGAAGAAAGAGAGUCAGGUCUAACUUUCGGGAUAAAUAAACUAAAAAUGCCUGACGUACAAGCUCUUGUCAACGAUUUUGUUAACAAACUCAGAAAACGUAAAAUUGAGGGGUCACAAGCCACAGCAAGACACACAGCGGAGUUUCUUCGUUCAGUUAUAUCCCAGCAGAGAAUUCCCUACACAAACCAAGCUGGAGCUCUCAUUGAUUCUGUAAAGGCUGUUGGAGAGCAGCUAAUUGCUGCCAACCCUGUGGAGCUUGCUGUUGGAAAUGUUGUCAGGAGGGUACUGCAUAUUAUCAGAGAGGAGGAUUUAUCUCUUACUACCGCAGCUAUAGGUGACCUGAAUAUAUCAGAUGGAAGUGAUGACGAUGAAAAUGACAGAGAUGACCGCCCUGUCCUAUCAGCAGCCGCCUUAGCUGCUGCAGCAAGGAAGACUUUGCGCCCACCAUCGCUACAUACUCUUCUUGAAGAUGUACCUAAUGCUACUAUUGUUCCCCUUUCAUCAUCUGGGGGUGAUUCUGAAGGAAAAUGCAAGUCCGCAGAUAAGAGCUCCAGGAUUCGAAAACUAAAGCAUGAUGUCAUUGAAGCUGUUAAUGAGCUCAUUCAGGAUAUUGACACUUGCCAUGAGCAGAUUGCUGAGCAAGCAGUUGAGCACAUUCAUCAAAAUGAGGUAAUAUUGACUUUAGGCCGGUCGAGAACAGUGAUGGAAUUUCUCUGUGCAGCAAAGGAGAAGAAACGUUCUUUUAGGGUCUUUGUCGCAGAAGGCGCUCCAAGGUACCAAGGACAUGUUCUUGCCAAAGAAUUAGUGGCUAGAGGUUUGCAGACCACUGUGAUAACCGACUCUGCUGUUUUUGCAAUGAUAUCACGAGUGAACAUGGUCAUAGUUGGAGCUCAUGCCAUUAUGGCUAAUGGUGGACUGAUAGCCCCUGUUGGCUUGAAUAUGGUUGCUCUUGCUGCUCAAAGACAUGCUGUCCCAUUUGUGGUUGUUGCAGGAAGUCACAAGUUAUGCCCCUUGUAUCCUCACAACCCUGAAGUCUUACUCAAUGAGUUGAAAUCCCCAUCCGAUUUGCUGGAUUUUGGAGAAUUUUCCGAUUGUUUAGAUUUUGGAAGUGGCAAUGGCGAACCGCAGCUUCAUGUUGUCAACCCGACAUUUGAUUAUGUGCCACCAAAUCUCGUUAGCCUCUUUAUCACUGACACUGGAGGGCAUAAUCCAUCAUAUAUGUACCGACUGAUUGCGGAUUACUACUCUGCCGAUGAUUUGGUUCUACAACGAAAAUCAGCUGCUGGAAAUUAAUUAAUUCACAAUCUCCAUCUGGCCUUGUAUGAAUUACGACUGCAUGUUGAUGGAAACAAGGUUUUUGAAGAUUGAGGAGAUUGAAGUGGUUAGUCGUUAUAAUUCUCAUGUACAACUGGUUGUACCAUGCUUGUACCGUGUGCUGGUACGGCCUAGGAAGACCACCGUGUUUUGCAAACACACCUUGUCGUACCCCCCUCACCCCCAAGGGGAAAUAAAGGGGAGGACUUAAUUUUGCACAUUGUGGGGAUUUUAGGGAACUAGAUCCCUUUUGCUACUUUAGUAAAUGUAAAAGUAAAUAUUUCUAUUUUAAGUUGCUGUUAAUUGGAAGCAUCCACUGGUUAUACAGAAUUAGACAUGGACGACAUGGUGGAAUAAUUGAGGUGUUUCGAUUUCAUAACCCAAUACUAAAUAUAGUUAUAUAACUUCCUCUU